CCCGGCCCUCAUUGUGCCGCUGCCGUUUUUCAUGGUUGCUCCUGUCUCCUCCACAACCAAAACCCUCAAAAUAAACCCCAAGAGUAACAACUGAAAACAGAUACAAGCAGCUCGACAUCAGCUUCAAUGGCGGCGAAGAAACAUGAGAGCAGCAACUUGAAGAACAGAAAGCGAAACCCAGAUGCCAAGACUGGCACGGAUGGCUCAGCUUCCAAAAAGCCGAAGCUUGUUAGCUCUAAUACCCAGACGGAGAGACUGAAGAAACCUUUCAAGCCCGUCAAGAAGGCUCAGAAGCCGAAUGCAUCUGAGUUGAGAAAAUCAGAAUCCGGGAAAGAGAAGCAUGCGCCCAAAACAAAGCGAGAGCGCCGACUUCAUGCCAAGGAAUUAGCAGAGGCUAGGAAGAAGAAGAGAAAGCGUCAUUACACUCUGGAGCAAGAACUCGCUUCUCUCUGGGAGAAGAUGAGGCAGCGAAAUAUUGCCAAAGAAGAAAGAUCUAAGUUAAUUAGUGAAGCUUUACAAAAGAUGAAGGGGAAGAUUCCAGAAAUUGCUAGCUCCCAUGUUUCUUCUCGAGUUUUGCAGACCUGUGUUAAGUAUUGUUCUGAAACUGAAAGAGAUGCUGUAUUUGAGGAGCUCAAGCCACAUUUUCUUAACUUUGCAUGCAACACUUAUGCAGUUCAUCUAGUAAAGAAAAUGUUAGACAAUGCUUCUAAAAAACAGCUGGCAGAGUUUAUCUUGAACCUCCAUGGGCAUGUUGCUUCUCUUCUUCGACAUAUGGUUGGAUCUGUUGUUAUUGAGCAUGCAUACCAACUUGCAAAUGCAACUCAAAAGCAGGAGCUUCUUAUGGAAUUAUAUUCUACUGAGCUUCAGUUGUUCAAGGACCUUACCUUAAUGAAAGAGAGCAGAUUGCUUGAUGUGAUCUCAAAGUUGAACCUGCAGAAGGGUUCAGUCUUGCGACACAUGACUUCUGUGGUUCAACCAAUUCUAGAAAAAGGAAUAGUUGACCACUCUAUCAUACACAGGGUGCUGAUAGAGUAUUUCAGCAUUGCUGAUAAGUCUUCUGCAGCAGAAGUAAUUCAGCAAUUAUCAGGUCCACUUCUUGUUCGAAUAAUCCAUACAAGAGAUGGAUCCAGGAUUGGUAUGCUCUGUGUUAAACAUGGGAGUGCUAAGGAAAGAAAGAAGAUUGUGAAAGGAAUGAAAGGCUACGUAGGCAAGAUAGCUCAUGAUCAAUAUGGGAGCUUGGUACUUUCCUACCUUGUUUCAACUGUUGAUGACACAAAGCUUAUUACAAAGACUGUCAUUCGCGAACUUCAAACAAUGUUAAAGGAGCUUGUUUUGGAUAAGAAUGGAAGGCGCCCAUUGCUGCAGCUCCUCCAUCCAAACUUUUCACGUUAUUUCAGUCCAGAUGAUAUAGCUGCUUUCAAUUUAUCUAUUCCCUCUCUCAAUGCCAAGAGUGAAUUGGAAGUAAUAUCUGGCACUUAUCCUUCAAAAGAUGAAAAAUCUAGUGAUGAGGACAAUAGUACCAAAGCUACAGUGGUUGGGGCCAAUGAAAGUGCAAGUUCUGAGAAUGUUCACUUAAUUGAGGGUGGAAAGAAAGAUCCUUCUCUAAGACGGCGAGAAUUGCUGGUCGACAAUUGCCUUGCUGAGAAUCUAAUCGACGUAUGUAUUGAGAAUGCAGCAGAGAUACUCAGAUCAAAUUUUGGCAAAGAAGUCUUGUAUGAGGUUGCAACUGGGGGUGCCGAUGGCAUUCUCCACCCAGUGUUGGAUGAGAAGUUGAAUUCUUUGCAUGAAGCUAUAGCAUCUCUUGCAGCAGAGCCUAAAUCUGAAGAAUCUGGAGAGGAGCAUGUCUUAGAAAAUUUCCACUCCAGUAGAACCAUUAGAAAAUUAAUUAUUGAUAACCCUACCUUUGCUACUACUUUAUGGAUGAAAGCUUUGAAAGGGAACUGUGGGUUGUGGGCCCAAGGUCACAGUUCUAAAGUAAUAUGUGCAUACUUGGAAUCUUCAUGUGCCAAAAUCAACAAACUAGCCAAUGAAGAGCUUCGGCCAUUGAUAGAUAGUGGUAUUCUCAGAAAACCUGAGAACAAGCAACCUGGAAAAGAAGGGUGAGAUGCUCAUUAAGGAUGCAAUGAUUUUUCCUUGAAGAGAUGGGCAUAGCAUCUGGUGGAUCACUGGUGAAACUAAAGCAAUUUUGUUUUUCAUCUCAGCCAAGAGUGAAAUUUCUUUCAAUGCAAAGAAAGAAUAGGGCAGAGUUCCUGCAAACUGCAAAAAUGAGACCAUUUUAUGUUAUGCAACAUUUUUGUACAACAAAAUUUCCUACAAUAUAGUUUCGUUCUGUUGCCUA